AUGGAGUUGUUUCUCUGUUUCGUCACUCUGUUUUUACUAUCACAAUCUGUUGUUGCAUUGAGUAUAACAGAGAAACAAGAGAUUGAAUGUGCAAUGUGUUUAGAGUGUGAGAAUCCAUGUGAUCAGCCACCUCCUCCGUCGCCUUCCCCUCCGCCUCCUCCGCCACCACUAGAACUCCUUUGUCCUCCACCGCUACCACCGCCUCCACCCCCCUUAGAGAUUUUCUGUCCGCCACCGCCUUCUCCACCACCUCCUUCUCCUCCUCCUCCUUCACCACCACCACCAUGUAACCACUGCCCCUUGCCGCUUCCACCGCCGUUGCCGCCGGCUUGCAAUGAAUGUGUUCCGAAUAAGCCGAGACCACCGAUCAUUAUCACAGCCGCAGAAGCUUCCCCGACGAUUUCUGCUUCCAUCAGUUUAUGCUAA